GCCACCCACCACUGGUAUAUGGCCCGAGGAAGGUUGCUUAGAAGGCAAUGCGGCCCCCGGCUGAAAAGCCCUCUCAAGGAACGGAGAGAUUCCUAUUCCUCCAGCCAGUCGCCCGCGGGCGUUCCUGGCUCGCGGGAUGCGACCUCGAAGGGUGUCUAUCUUUAACUGUAUCGUUGCUGACAGCAACUCCUUUCAAGCAACAGGUUUGGGGGCAGCACUAAAAAAAUAUCCCGGCAUGCCCUGCGCUUUGAGCUUCUCUCCCGGGCGCGCAUACCGUCCCAAACAAGAAGGGGUGCGUGCGCGCGCGCAACUGAAUCACCGCCUACCGCCUUUGCAGCUGCUCUUUGAAGGCGAGCCGGCGAACUGACCUUCGCCUUCUCUGCUGCGGCUUGCUUGUUUGCACGCCUGUGCCGUUCCUUCCCUGCCUCAGCCGAAGGCGGCGGCGGUGGGAGGACCCAGUUGGCCGGCUUUGCCCAGCUGUAGCGCCAGGCAGGUAAGGAGCCCUCCCACCCGCCGCAGCCCGCGCGCGCUGUUUGGAAAGCCCAGCCUGUGGAGACCGAAGGUGGCUGCGUCCCUCUGGCAGGCGCUUUAGGGCAGAGUUCAUGGGUGGCUCCUCCUUUUGGCCUCGUCGCCGGUGGGGGGAGGGAGGGAGGGAGGGAGAGAGGAGGAUCCUAUUCCUCAACUGCUUGCUAGCUCGGUCCUCUCCGAAAGUUAACUCGGCGGCAAGUUCUGCAGAAUUCAGCGGGGACCUAUUCCCAAAUAAAGUGCAGCUGGACUUGCAGUCUUAACUCCUGCGAAAGGGGUGGGGGAACCAGUGGAAACCCCCACCACCCCCACUAUUGGGUUCUUUCGGGGGCAUCGGGACCUGCAUGUAGAGGAAAACCUUGUACAACAGACCUUGUAGAAAAGCUACUGAGGAGAUAGGAACCUCCCAUGGGUGAGCCUGGGCUGAGGCAGCCAUGGGCAUUUCCCUGGUACAAAUCCACUCCAUAUACAGAGGGAGCCGUAGAAGAGGCAUGGGGUGCCGCAAAAUGUUGCGAAUGGAGUGUGCAUGCUCAGGGGCCUGGCCAGCUUCCAACCUUGCCCUCUAUCACACACCAUUACGUUCCCCCCUUUCCCAUUCCCCCUGUCCUAGUCAGCCAGCCCAUACAAAACUUUUUCAGUACUCUCUGUUCUGCUUUUGGGUGUCCCCCCUUCCACACUUAGGUUCCUCAGUGCCCCUCCCUUUUUUGCACUUACGCAAACUUUUGGGCUGUCCCAGACUUGAUGCUACUUGUGUGCAGGUGCAUAAGGAACCACACUAUGUGAACAUAUUUGCAUUCAGUAAGCAAGAUGAUAGGAAGCAAGUGAGUCAUUUUCAGACUAAAACAAUGAGUCCCGUAUUCAGGCUUAUGCUGCACGUAUGUGGUGUAUGGUAAACGCCUCUCCAUUUUGCACAAUGAUGCAGGUAGCCAAAUGACCCUUGUGCGAGAGAGCCAUAUGGUAUGAUAGCUGUGGGAAAUGGUGGGGCCUUGUUUUCAUGUGUGUUUGUUUUGAAUCAUUGUCAUGGAUCCAACCUGGAACAUGCAAUGCAGUUAUAAAUAACAGUGCAAUCCAAACCCAAGACCUGUCAGGAUGAGCAAGUUUGGAAAAGGUGGAUCUUCAGCUGUCCUGGCUCAGCUACGCCAGCAUAACUCACCCAUCCCAACUCCGCCAGGGAUACAACUGUGUAUCUCCCUCAGUCUGGCUGAGCUGGGUCUCAGCCAACGGAACUUAAGCCACCAGAGCACAUGCCAGUGUAAGUUCCCCAAUACAAGUGUUUCAGAGUUGUGGUCAGGACAAGGAGAGACUUACAAAACCUUUUGGCAGUGUACAUUUCACCUGGUUUGCCAGGUCAUGUAACUGAUCUGUGAAAGGUUUUUUGAGAAAUGUGUAGAUCAAAAUUAUUUCACUGCAGGGAUGCUGACUUAACUUGAACUGGUGUCUGUCCCGCCAGCUUCCUGUACUUAAGAUUGCACUAUAAAUGAACAUCUUCAAGUAGCUUUUCUUCACCUCUCAGGAAUCUCAUCAUUUCAGUUACUGAGAAUCAGAGAUCAAGGCUUCCAGGUCAUGAGGUGUGACGUCUAAUCAAAUUUGAGCAAGCCCUCUGCACCUCUCAAAUUAUAAAUUAAAUUUCGGAUUCUGAAAUGCUUCUUUGAGGACGGUUGAUGGGGCAUCACUACCGCUAGCCCACCACAACAUCUCAACACUGGAUGUUUGUGGCAGUUCAGAAUUUCCUCCUGUGCCUGAAACAGCAUUAGCAUCUUACAGAGCUGUUCCUUAGCACUGAAUUGGGUAGAAAUAUGGCAGGACAGGGCAGGACUGGGAAAAAGCUGUCUGUGUCAGCCACCAUGAAUUCAUAUAUUCCUUGGUAAACAUGGUUAUCAGAAUAAAAUGCAUGGAAUGUGUUUACUGCCGGUUAUGUUUUAAUAUGAAGGGAUUUCUCAUAGACUCUGGGUUUGGUGUCUUCUUAGGACGAGAGGUUGUUUAAGGUGAGUUCUUUACAAAGUGAGGUUGUGAUGCACAACCCUUUUACUCAACAGGAAUCCUGCCAAUGUCUAUGUUAGUGUUCCAGAAUAAGUGGGCUGGAGCUUGCAUUAUAUCCAUACAGGAUAUUACUAGGAUCAGGGGGUAUUUAGCACAUUUUCACCCAAUGUACAUUACCUAAUUUGUUUCCAUAUCCUUGCAACAAGACACUACAGGAUACAUAUGGAUUGUGGCUAUAAUGUUACAUUUACUCAGCUUCAAACACCAGGGAUGGUAGCACACUUGAUCCGAAUUAAAUGGUAAUGUGUACAUAGCCUAAGUUUCUCUUCCAAAAACUUUUAAUGAAAGAGAAUUGUAACUGGCUUUGUAAUACAGAGAUUUUUCUUUUUCCUGACCUCAUCAGCAAUUGGCUAAUCCCCUAGAAUGCAGUAAUUUGGUUUAUUUGUAUUUAACUACAGAGUUACUGGUAAUAAAAUUACCCAUCCUUUUAACAAAACUGACCCUUCUCUGAUCUCUUAUAUAAAAGAAUAUUUGACACAGUUGCUUCUACAUAUCCCAGGCAUAGGUGGUCUUCCAGGUCAGUAUGGUUUUAAUCUAGUAAAAGUAUGAAAUACUGUAAUAGCGCAAGUGUGCCAAAUAUUGCCUUGUAAAGAAGGAAUAGUUAAAGCAUAUUUCAGCUAGACAUUUUAAAUCUCACCUCAUAUAUUUUGAACUCCCACUUCCUUUAAUGGUCAGAUCUUGGCAUCCUUGCUUUCUCCCCAUACCCCCUCCUGGUCCUCUUUCUUCUAAUUUUACUUUGGGAUGAAUUUAAUGUAGUGCUAUGGCAGUUGUUCCAUCAGCUUGCCAGGCAGAACACCACCCCCAUGCUGUGCUGGGGGUUCUCCCACCCCCACCCUGUGCCAAUUGUGGGGGGUGCAGGGGAAGGAAAGGGAAAGAAAACCCUGUUGCACUAGUGCAUGCCCUUGUGUGGGCUUCCACUAGUAGGACUAGUUAGGUGAAGCCUGCUCUUUGUGUUUAAGGCACAUUUUGCUAUGCCUGGUUUUAGGACUGAAAUAGCCUUGGUUGCUUUGGUGGGUGGAACUAGAGUCCAGAGCUAGGCAAGGGGAGUGUGACCCCGUUGGUUCUGCUGUCUUUUGAUACCAUCAACUGAAUGCUUACAUGAGCGUGUUUCAUGACAAAAAUGCAAAACAUCUUUACUGCUUGGAUGCAUUGCUCAGGCUACAACCAUUCUUUUCUGUAAGCUUGCAAAGUUUAUCUUUUCAGCCUUUAAUAAUUCAAAAGAGGUAUUAAAAAUACCUUGUGUGAUCAUUCAUAAGGGAUCAAAAUAAUACUAUUGGAAGUUGAAUGGUGUGGUGAUUUGGGUGUUUAUAUGUGCAAUCCAAUCUCACAGGUAUUUCUAAAAUAUGUAUUGAAAUGCAGAGUUGUAGGACUACUUUUCAAGUUUAUUCCUAAACUUUUGACAUCACAUUGUCACAGUGGGGCACAUAUAGGAGCAAUCAAUAAAACUUUUAAAAAGGAAUUGGGAGCCCCCAAAGAUCCUUUUGGCAUAGGGGUGUCACAGUGGGUGACCCAUUGGAACAGUAAACAAAAAAAGAAUCCUUUUUUAAACUUCUUUUUUAAAUGACAGAUUUGGAAGGGAAACUAAAAACACUGGGGGCCAUAUGUUUGGCACAGGCUUCAGGUUAGAUAUUCCUGUUCUAGAGUAAUCUCGGUGAGCGUGUCUGUUUUAUAUGGAUCAUUAUAGGCCACCCCAAUCUUUGCCAAGUGGUAGCAAGAUUCCAGGGGUCAUGGCUCUUAACCAGCAUUGUAUAUCCAUUGGGAAAUCAAGGCACAGCAGAGAGUAGUGUCUUUGAAAAAUAUGGUUUAUAUAUAUAUUUACACCUGAAUGUUGGUAUGGGGGUUGCAGAAUAUCACACCCCAAAAGUGUCUCUCAUUGCUCGUCUCAUAGCUUCAGUAAGCUUGGUUCCAAAGCAUCAGCCAACCAUACAUAGCCCCUGGUCUCUUGGUGCAGCCUCUCCUAGCCAGCAUGCAUGUUUUGCCUGCUUCCUCCCUUCUUCACAGCAGCCUUUGCAGAAAACAAUUCCUUCCCUUCAGCUUCAAGCAUCCUCUCCCCGUUGCCCUGGCAACCUCUGUUUCAAAAGUCUCCUUCAAAAGGCACUUUUUCCUGUGGUGACAUCUCACCCCCUGUAAUCCAGGCAGCCUGAUGCUGAAUCUCUCACCUUUUGUCUAGGUAAUAACUCUGUUAUUACCUGUCUUUGUUCUUGAAUGGCACCUCUCUAAACCCAGCUCCUGAGGAAGCUGGUUUGACUAACUUUUUAAGGCCUUGCUAAAUCCAUUGAUCAAACCCCAAAUUUACUAAUUUCAGAAAUUAUGGGGAGAACCUGGCACCCAGGAAUUUGAGGGGAUCCUUGCCCCCUUGCAAACCUGUAACAGUACAGUUGUACCUUGGAAGUCAAAUGGAAUCCGUUCCGGAAGUCUGUUCGACUUCCAAAAUGUUUGGAAACCAAACCACGGCUUAAGAUUGGCUGCAGAAAGCUCCUGCAGCCAAUCAGAAGCCACAGAAGCCCUGUCGGACAUUUGGGUUCCAAAGAAUUUUCACUAAGCAGAACACUCACUUCCGGGUUUGUGGCAUUUGGGAGCCAAAAUGUCCGAGUACCAAGGCGUUCGGGACCCAAGGUACAACUGUAUUUUAAGUAAUUGAAACAAACAGUUUAGAACUGCCAAGCUUGACUAAGAUAUUGACAGCCCCAUUCAUUUGCAAUUGACACCCAUUUAUUGCUACUAAUGAAUUUAAGAAAUGGAAAAUUUUCUGCAGGAAAAAUUCCCAACUCCACAUCACUGCUCCUUCUCUCUUUAUGGACCCCGAGGCUAAAUGCACUGUUAUUUUUUAGUGAGUAGCUGAUCAGGAUUUGGACCGUGGAUAAAGGGAUUAAAACAACAACAACCCCUCCAAAAUUGGCAUGCCCCCCCCCCAAAGAUACCUGAAUAAGAGCUGCUAAUGAAACUGUGGUAGUACUUCAGCCAUCCCUCAUCUGCAAAGAUCAUUCUUUGCAUACCUGCAAGCAGCUGUCCUUAUUCCUUGGAAGUAAGCCACAGCACCAGGAUUGAAAAUGAAGAAGAAGAAGAAGAAGAAGAAGAAGAAGAAGAAGAAGAAGAGUAGUAGUUUGGAUUUGAUAUCCCGCUUUAUCACUUCCCGAAGGAGUCUCAAAGCAGCUAACAUUCUCCUUUCCCUUCCUCCCCCACAACAAGCACUCUGUGAGGUGAGUGGGGCUGAGAGACUUCAGAGAAGUGUGACUAGCUCAAGGUCACCCAGCAGCUGCAUGUGGAGGAGCAGGGAAGCGAACCCAGUUCACCAGAUUAUGAGACUACCGCUCUUAACCACUACACCAUACUGGAGAAUUAAAUGUGUUGGUUUAUUUGAAACUGCCAUUAGUUGAAGCUAAUUCUUGUGUCUGGUGUAGAUUAAUUUUCUUCUGAGCAUUUGCUUUGCGUCAAAUAGACAAGGAAGGUGGGUGGAGCAUUAAUUGCUUGCCCCACUUAAAAGGAUUUAAAUUUUUGUGCAACGAUUUGAAGCAGGAUUAUGGUGAAGUAUGAAAAUAUGUACUUGCGGUCUGCUUCAAAUGUAACUAUCUAAGCAUCAGUGAAUAUUUUAAGAAUUUAUAGCCUUGUAAACAUGUAAUAUAAAAUUCAGUCACAAAUUAUCUUCUUGUUGUGUGAUGAGCCAUUCUUCAGCUGGAAUAAAUCAAUGGUUUUCCUUUGAUGUUCACUCCGCCCAGUUUCAGUGGAAGACACAAUAGAAAUGUGGUCCAGAGAGCUGGAGUUUAUUCCUUUUCACAGCUGCAAAAAUGUCAAUAUUUUUUGGACUAGUUACAUGUACAAGGAUGCUCCUGCCUUGGUAUUUUUGCCACAAAUAAAAAGCUGAAACGUGGUAUACUCCUAGGUCCAAGUCUACUGCAAAGGUCUGGAAACAAAGUAUUUUGAAGACUUUUGCUUGGAAACGCGGCCCUUCAAGCCUCGCUAUCAGGCCCUUGGGACUCUUCCCCCGGCUUCGUCUCUUCAGCCACACCCCCUCUUCCCAUGCCACACCCUUCAUUGUCCUUGCUUUGCACUCUUACUGAGUGGUUGUUUUGUUUUGUUUUGUUUUGUUUUGUUUUGUUUUGUUUUGUAUGGCUGAUAUGUGACCUAGAAUUCUGACAAUGCCUCUUGCUUCCCUGGAUGGAGGAUAGAAAGUGGCAUGUAGGUGUAUGGAAACUAGCCUACUGUACAAAGAUAAAAUUUACAUUCAUUGCUCCACCUCCUUUAGUCUCUGGCCACCCAGCUUUGGCAUGUGUCCACCCAGAAGGGAAUGUGACAUUCGAGCUGAAAAAGUUUCCUCACCCCUGCAGUAGAAAUUGGGAUUCUUUGGUCACUACAAACUGAAGCACAGAGGUGCGAAACGUGAAAGUAGAGAAGGCCUGGGAGGUUGGAGAAGCAGCAUACAGGGAUCCCAAGAGGCUAAAAGAAGGAAGGGGAAAUAGGCAGUUAUGUUGAGCAGUCAUUAAAGGGAAAGAAAGCAGAAUAUUGGGAAACACAAGUGGAGCAGAGAAGGCAAAGGCCUGGAGAAAAGAGGCACAGAUGGAACAGAGAAUUGGUUUGGCAAGGCUGUGUGAAAAGGUGGGUUUUGGGGUAUUGCCCAGGACCUAAGGACAUGCAAGGCACUAUGCUGCUGUGAAAAGGUAGCUGAGGAUCUUAGACAAUGGCCCUGAUCCAGUGAACCCCUUGUGCACACACAAAAUGUCCCCUACAUACCACAAGAUGGUUGUUGUUUUGGUAUUGUGAAAAGGUAUUUUCUCCAUUAAGAACAUAGGAAGCUGCCAUGUUCUAUCUUGCUCAGGCCACAAAAAGUUGAAGAUGACUGGACUGAGCUGGCUUAGGGUUUCAGAUGGGAACAACAGCAAAAAGAAUCAACCAGGUGCAAUGCUUCAUCCCAGGGAGAGCACAGAUAUUAGCGCAUACUUUCCCUGUUAUGGAACGAUGCGGGUAAACAACAUGCCACUUACAUGCAGUCAGCAGUUCUCUUUUGCGGCUUGCAGUGAUAAGCAUGAAAAAUUAAAGUUAUUGGCUCCGACAGGCUGCAUAACCAUGAGGCCAAUAGGAAUUUACAUUUAUUAUGUUUUCAGAUCUCAUCAUUCUUAAGCUUUUCUCUCUCCCCCACCCCAUUCUUUAGUUUUGGCAGCUCCUGGUCACCCCAGCUAACUGGGGUAAGGGGAUACUGGAAAGUUCAACCUUGUGAUUUUUCCAGGAAAAAAUGGUUCUUCCUUUGAACCUUAGACAGACUAGCAUUAUAAAUGUGUGUUCCCCCAUCUGUUAUUAAUUGAGAAACCAGCAGCAGGAGAGAGUUGCCAGCCAUCUGGAAAACUAUGGGCCUGACUGGUUUUGAGGCUUUUGCUGCUGCCACUGCAAUCCCCCAGUUGUAGGGUGAGAGGAGUGAAAGUUGGUUUCCUUGCCCUGUUUUCCAUUCAUUUCCCCCCUCAGUAUAGGUAUUGCUAUUGUUUUUGUCAGGGGAGUCUCUGAAGUAGCAGUGAUGUGUGUAGCUCUGUGCUGCUGCAUGCCAUGUGUGUUUGUUGUCUCCUAGUCUGGGCUACUCUAUUGAAAAAAGCAAGGAGGUGCCCAGAUGGUCAGCUCCUUCCCUUGCCAGCCACAGGUGCCUGAAGUAGGCAGCAGCUGCUGCAGUUGCCAGGUUGGGGAUGAGAGCAUCCUUUGUGCAUGUCUGCAUCUGCAUGGUCCUUGUCUAUGUGCAUAUGAAAGGGGGAGGAAGAGUGUGCAUGUUUUGACUACCUGUUCAUCCGUAUGGAAGGACAUGUGUACAAGGGGAUUGUUUUCUGGAUGCUUAAUAUAUUGACUAUAAUAAUAGUAGCAUAAUUGUAAUAUACUAUAAUAAUAUAGUAUGUGGUUACGUUGUGGUGUUGCAAGGAAAAACUUAAGUGGACAUUCUUAUCCCAGUCUGCAUCUGAAUUGAAAUUGGAAUUGUUUUGAUGUGUGUGUUUUAUUGUUGACGUUUUUGUUGCUAAUCACUUUGGGAUGUUUCAUGGGAAGUGAUUCAUAAAUGAGAUAAAUGAAUAUAUAAAGUCGAUUGUGACCACUUCUUGAGCGAAUCCGUGUUUUUAAACCAUUUCAUAAGGCAGUCUGCGCCAACCUGGUUCCCCUCCAGCUGUUGUAGACUCCAGCUGUGCUGGCUGGAGCUGCUGGGAGUUGUAGCCUUCUGCAGAUGGAGGGCAGCAGGUCAGCAGAGGCUGUCAUAAGGGAUGGCUGAAAUGGCAUGUUCAGCGUGACCCUGGCCACAAGCACUUGGAUGAUGCUUCAUGAGAUUGGAUCGCUUUCGCAUCUCAAAAAUGAAUCUGUCUGUGUAUCUGUAAGCUCACAGAAGCACCAUUAAUUGUGGCUUUGCAAGUGGGUGAAUUUAACUUGCGUAAUGGUGUUAGGAGUGAGAGCACGUAUAGACAAAUGUGUUGCUGGUUAGGAAUUCCUCUGAGCAGCAAUAGGAGGAAUUCAUUGUUGUACAGUGGUGCCCCGCAAGACGAAUGCCUCGCAAGACGAAAAACUCGCUAGAUGAAAGGGUUUUGCGUUUUUUGAGCUGCUUCGCAAGACGAAUUUCCCUAUGGGCUUGCUUCGCAAGACGAAAAACGAAAACGUCUGGCAAGUUUGUUUCCUUUUUCUUAACACCGUUAAUACAGUUGCGACUUGACUUCGAGGAGCAACUCAUAGAACGUGGUGUGGUAGCCUUUUUUGAGGUUUUUGAAGACUUUGGUGAUUUUUAAAGCUUUUCCAAAACUUCUUUUGCAGCCAUUUGGUAAGUUAAACUUUUAAAACUUUUUUGGGGGUUUUUGGAUUUUGGGUUGGGGUGUUUGGAAUUCAAGGACUUGGUGUUGGGGAGGGGUUUGCAAGAAUCUGGAAGCUUGUGUGUGUUUUUUCUGCAUUUUUAUGAUUUUCUGUGACCAUUGGGCCACUCUGCUUUUUUUUAAAAAAAAUCUGGAUUUGAAUUUCUGUGUGGUGGGUGGCUGGGGGAACAGUUGAGGAGGGGGUUCUUCAGCAAGAAGCAAAGAGCUGAAGAGGAACCUUCUUCGAGUUGUCCCCCAGAGUCUUAGAAAAUGUACUGUACACUUUGUUGAUUUUUAAAUGUUUUUCUGUCAUGUUUAGAAACUUAAUUUAUUGUUCCUUCAAUUUUUGAAAUGCUCUUUACAGUAUGUGUGACUUUAAAGAGCACUUAAUAAACUCUUGUUGUACCAAAUUUGGCUUUGUUUGGACUUUUUUUGACCAUAGGAAUGCAUUAAUUGAAUUUCAAUGCAUUCCUAUGGGAUUUCGUGCUUCGCAAGACGAAAAAUUCGCUAGACGAAAAAACUCACGGAACGAAUUAAUUUCGUCUUGUGAGGCACCACUGUACUAUUGAUCGAUCAGAACAAACAUUUCAGAUUAUCUCCCUUCUUUUACCCCUGUGUUACUCCUCAUGAGUUCUCUCCAUCCCACGCCCUAAGACAAUUUCAGGGGCACAGGAGGAAGAGAGGGAAGAAAGCCCAUUGUGCAAGCGGAAGUCCUAGAAUAGGGCUUUGGCUGACAUGACUCAUUAGUUGAAUCUCACCCACUGUAAACAGAGCCUCGUUUUCUAAGGUUCAAAUGCAGUAUCUGUAGAUCUGUGAGAGAAAAGUGGUUGAACAGAUCGUUGAGGGACCCACACUUGCCAGAUGUGUCAGCUAAUCCAAUAUUAUGGGCAUCGAGAUGAACCAAUGGGUGCAAGUUAUUUCUUUUGGAACAGCCAAUAAUAUUUCCUUUAAAAUUGUUUGGUAUUGCAACAUCUGCUGCUCUCCAAAACCAUGGUUUUGUCAGACUUCUUGUGUUGGGGUCCAAAUUUUGAGGCAUACAAUACAAAGCUAAAACUUUUUUCUUUCUUUUCCCCCCAAAAAACACUUGAUCAGAACUUCAAGGGAAUUGGGGGGAAAUGGAGACAUUAUGUGCCAGAAUGAAAGGAUGACAGGGACCAGAAGUAACAUUCUUUUGAACAGAAUCCCUUUUCUUCCUUCUUGCCUUUCAUCAGUAUGCUUUAUUCUUACAGCACUGACCCAGAGAGAGAUUUCACAGGGUGAAAAGGCCUUUCUGUACUGAAGAUCAAACAAGGAAAAGGAAAGAUGUGGACUUCAAUCGCUAAAUACUUGUUAAGAACCAAAGUCCACCAAGACUGUUCUCGAACUCUGCUGCAAGCACAAAACGGGAAGCACAGCCAUCAAAAACAUUUCUCCCUGAGCAGGAGGCCUUGGCAGCAUUCAAUGCCCGGGACAAUGCAGACGGCUCAGGCCUUCAACACGAGUGCAGCCAUCCAUAAAGUGGAAGCUCUGGAGGCAAAUCAGUUUAUCUGUGUCCACUGGGAAGAUGGGAGCAAGAGCCUUUACCCUUCUGUGUGGCUGCGAGACAAUUGCCAGUGCCCCGAGUGCUUCCUGCACUCUGCUAAAGCACGCAAACUGCUUCUUGAAAAUCUGGAUGUCAAUGUUGGGGCCAAGAAUGUCACUUUGGCACAGAGGGAGAAAAAGGUAAUAUAUGUGUGUGUGUGUGUGUGUGUGAGAGAGAGAGAGAGAGAGAGAGAGAGAGAGAAGCUGUUUUCAUAUAAUAUAUUAAUCUCCAUAUGUAGAACCAUUUUGUUGCAGUGAUUUAAUGCUGCUUACCUGGGAAUAAGCCUCACUGAACACAGUGGGACUUAGUUUUGAAUAAGCAUGCAUAGCAUUGCACUAUACAAACUCUUCAGAGUGAAAGAGGUUAUUAGGCCGCAAUCCUAAGCACACUUACUAGGGAGAAAGGCCUGCUAAAUUAAUGGAACCACCUUCCAAUUAAACAUGUGUAGGAUUGCACACACAUAACAAGACCACAUGCCAGUUGCUUUCAUUAUGAGUUAGAAGUCCAAUCCAACAAAACAAAGAAGAAAAAACAGCAAAGCAAAUAAAAUGCUUGUUGGAUUAUUCUGGUCUGCUUUCACUGUAUGUCUCUUUCUGUUUUGUGGACUAAGGUAUGCAUUGUAUGGCCAGAUGACCACACCAGUGAAUUUGAGGCUGAAUGGUUGAAGAAGAGAUGUUUUUCUGAACAAGCAAGAGCAAAAAUGCAGGAAGAAUUAUUUCUAUCAGGUAGAGAUUCGUACCAUUUCUGUAGUAAAUGCACUAAGGAAACCCCAUUCUCAAUUGAUCUGGAAUCCAUUUUUAAUAACAACAGAAUUUUAUAUAUCAGUGAUAAAGGGCGUCACAUAUUUUAUCUAACUUGAUCAUUCCUCCUAUCUUUUUCAUCUAGUAUUUAACCAAGGGACUGCAUUGUGCACUUUAUUAUACACAGAGAGUUGGUUAGGAUGUCAUCAUUAUAUGAAUGUAACACGGUUUAUAUAUCACUUAAUCAACGAAAACCUCUAGGCAGACUACAUAAAAUAGUGUUAGUACUGGAAAUAAGCAAAUUUCUCAGAAAAGUUCAAGGCUGCUGCUCUGGGCAGCGUGCACACACAUUACGCAGAAUUAUGCUCCAAUUAGUAAACAGAUCCCAUGCUGUUAUUUGGAGGCAGUUCUGCAUUCUUGUUUUGCUCAAUCCUCAAAAGAUGGGGGUGGGGAGGACUCAGAGAAAAUACAUAACACAGGAGCUAUUUUGUUCCCCAGGCAGAGCUGUUCACAAUUCAGAAAUCUGGAUUUCUCCUGAAAGAGAUGAAGAAAACUGCUCAUAAAUGUUUUAAUUGAAUAAUAUAAACUGCCUCUGUUAGCCUGUGCAUUAGCACAAUGUUCUUGAAAUGAGUUCCAGGAAAGGAAAUCGUUGCUGAAAGGGAUCAGCUUUUUGGAAUUUUGCUCUGACUUUAUACACAGAUGGAAGCUUGAAUUAUGUAGUUCAAGGGAGAUUUUUUUUUUUUUUUGGGUAAGAUGGAGAGAACCAAACACUUCUUGUCUCUUGGGAGUCACGGGGCCCUUCCUCUCCAGCCUUACAACACUGAAUUUUGUCCGCUUACAUAAACAUAGAAAGAAAGUUACAGUAUAUUGUGUCUAUACCGUCUGUACUGCAUACAUAUGAUACUCGGAGAAUGUAAAGGCAUCUAAAAAGAUAAUAGAGUGGGAGAAUCAAAUGUCUGAAUGCACUCCUCAUAUGAAAAACUCCCAAUACAUUCUCUUUUUUUAAUGGUUAGACUACUGGGUAAAAGAGUUUUUCUGCUUAAUAUGCUAGUCUUCGCAUGUCUACUUCAAUCAGUAUCAAGCUGAUAGUGUCCAGAGGGGAAAACCUUGAUAUUAUCAGUCCAUCUAAUGAAUGACACAUUCUUGAGAAAUGUGAAAAGCGGUUAUAGCUCAUUGAUAAGUCUAUGGUCCAUGCAGUCUCCUGGAAAGUGUGUGUUCCUUUUCUUCAUAGCACAUAGAUCUGUUUUUCAUCAGCAGUGGUAAAAAAAAUAAUUUUGAAGGCAUGAAUGAGCACUAUUGGACUUCCUUCUGAAAUCUAAGCUAUUAAAGUUUCCUGCAAAUUGUAUGAAAAAUAAACAGGUUUUUCCCCACUGCAACAAUUUGAAGGCUGCUUUGGAUGUGAGAAGUAAGAUUGUCAGAGCAUUCCUGGCCUGUCUUUUUAGCAUUUCUGAGCAACUCCAUUGCCACAAUUUGUAACCUUCAACCCUGUGCUACAGUAGCAACGUGGAAAUUCUACUGAUUGUGGUUAAGUAGUGGAAACAAUAUAUGUACCAUGAUGAAAUGGUAGAAUAAUGAAUAAUGUGAAUGGGGUGGUUUACCAGCAGGGAACGCUGGCAUGGAACACAGUCCCUGUUUAGAGCUGCUGCUUAAUAGAUUUUCAAGCUGCAGCUACUCUUGAUUUUUUUUUUUAAUGGAAUAAUGUGCUCUCUUCAUUGAAGGAAGGAAAAUUGUUGAGAUCAAAUUCCACAGGCUGAUGGAUAGACAGGUCUGUUUGAGUAUGGGAGAGGGUAAUAAUCAGGAUUAGAAUAGCAAUCUUUGGGGGGGGGGGAAUUAAAAAGCAAAGUGUAAGCUGAGUUGACACAGCCCUUGGGUUGUGCCAGUUAUUAGAUGCUUCAUAAGUUAACAGAAACAAAAAUUAUCAGAACAAUAAUAAGUGGUGACUGCAUAUUUAUGUGACACUAUUUUCCACUUGUUAGGCAAAUCUGCAGAACAAAGCUAACAUAAUUGUGUGUUUCUUUGCGAAUGCAAACCAUAUUCCAGAAAUCUUUCUUGGCGACAGAAGACGGAAUGCCCUUUUAAUCUGGCAUCUGUUUAAAUACUCUGCUUCACCAUCUAUUGACUUGUGGCUGAUUAGAGUAUGAGAUAUGCUUUAUAUGGUGAAACUGGAUAAGAGAAGGAAGACAAAAAGACAAAAAGUUUAUUGAAAAAUGAAGCUUAUUUAUUCAAUAUUGAAACAGUAUGACACAGGAUUCAUUAAAGCCAUACACUUUAUUGAGGAUAUAUCGUAAUGUGCGUAUAAUGAUAUGUUUAUCUGUUAGUUUACAUUUAGUGUAAAGUUAUAUAUUUAUUUAUUACCUUUCAAAUGUAUUUAUUAACUAUGCAUAUACAUACAUAAGGACUUCGUUUUUUGUAAAUUCUUUAAUUUCAUUGCAGAUAAUAAACUUUUUAAAUAUUAAUGAUUUGGCAACAGUUUGAAGGGUAAAGUCAAAUCCAGUCUGUCAUUUAGAAAAGCCCUAUGGCAGAAUGGUGCAUAGCUAGGCACAAAUGCUGUUUUUCCAGCAUUUAAGCAUUUUAGAAAACACUUUAUUGUUGCAUCUCAUAUAGUGUUGUGUGGGACAAAGCUAUUCUUUUGGACAGCCAGUUAUUUCAACAUUUUAGGGAAAGGCAUGUUGUACAUACUGCUUUGACCUGGUAUUUGCUGAGUUAUUUUCAAUAAAAGUGUUUGUAAAUCUGAAAGAUAAUCAUCUUUAACGCUUUCCAUGCUGGAUGGUGAAUUUCCAUUCUCUAGAAGAAUAUCUGCAGAAUUCUUAUGUUCCUAUGAACCCUGUCAGCCACUCAGGUGCUAUCAUGACUUUCUGUUGCAUUCAGCCUGUAUCUAUGGAAUUGGUUAACAUUUGUCAUUUGCCAGAUUUUGAAGCGCUUGGCCCAUUGAGGCAUGCUGUUGAGACAUUUUGUUUAGGCUAGCUACAAUAGAUGUUUAUGUGAGCUGCGUUUUUUAUUCUUCUCUGCUGUUGGAAAAUAGCUGCAGAUUCAACUAUUAUGAUUUUUAUUGUUGUUGAUGUUUGUUCAAGAUGUGCACCCAUUUAGCAGCCUCCAGUCAUCACUGUUCUGCUUUAAUCUGGAAGUGGAAUUGUAAGUCUGUUUCCUGACAUCUAACACUUUGCAGCCAAAUGGACAGUCCCCUUUCUCCAGCCCCAACUGCUGUUGCUUUUUUGGAGGGGAUGAUAUAAUUUUGUUCUGCAAUCUUCUUUCAAUGCACUUUCUGUGAUGGUUAUGCCGGCACUGCCACUGGGAGUGGGGCAGAAAAAAAUGAAGCGGAUACAAAAAUAAUGCUAUUUGGAAAAGGAAUGACUAAAGGUUCCUCAAGAGGAAAAACAGUUAACCAAGAAGAAAAUGGCUAGAGGAAUCAAUACAGGCCAGAAUGACAGUGCAAAAGGUCAUCAACACUUGGGAUCAUAGAGUUAAAAAAUGAAGUUGGAUUUUCUGAAGUCUGGAAAAAUGGAGGAGAAACACAUGCAGAUUCCCUGUUAAAAAUGAGUGAACAAAGCCUGGUAUAUCACAGUCAGUGCUCAGUGUGGAAGCCUUUCAGUCACCAGGCAAGAAAACUAUGCCCCCUUUUAUAGAAACAUUCUAAGCAAUAAUACAUGAGUGUUAGAAAUGUCAUAAUGGACAUAAUGGUGUAACCACUUCUUCCCUCAUUUCCAGGUAGUAAUUUUUCAUUUUGUAGAGCGCUUGCAAACAAAGAAUGGCCAAGAAAAUGAAUACAACUUUACCCAAGAGUGGUGGUGGUCAUAGUAGUAAGGUGAGGUGUUGAAAGACGGAGCUGUCUGUGCCAUAUAGCCAGGCCUGCCAUCUCUAAACUAGCCUGCUACCCUCGGGUGCAGAGAAUGGAAGCUAACCUGUUGUCGGUGUUAAAGUAAUAUUCAGCUACCAGUUGUCAGCUUCCGUACAUGGAUUAGAAGAAGAGGCCAUCUUGUCCUUCACCUCAGGCCACAAAAUGUAUUGGGCUGGCCCGUUGUCAGUAGUGGAGAGGACUACAGAUCUAAGCCUAACCAACUCUCCUUGUUACAAUGGCUUUGUGGAAGAGACUUUGAUCCAGCUAAGACUCCAUCUCAUGGAAGGAGAAAGGAGGUGAUUUUCACUCAUUCCUCUUUUCCCUGUAGCCACACACGCUCUUCUGGAGGGUCCUCAAGUGCUCUGGAGUAAGUCUUCCAGCAACUGUAGGGAGAAGGUGGAAUCUAUGAAAAUAAUUUCCCGUCCCACCAGCGGAAGCAUCCCAGUGAAUGGGGUUCUGCUCCUGGGACCUCAGGAGCCAAAUCAAAUAAAUAAGGGAAGACAAGAAAAACUGGAAAAUAAAGCAUACAGUGGAACCCAUCAAUUUUCACAGGACUUAUGCAUCAGGCAAACACAUUUAUCUUUUAUUGGAUUUGCUUUGUAAUUUAAUUAUUACUGUCAGAGUGGCUUAAUCUGUGAAGCAACUUUCCGUUCCCCUCAUGAAGAGCCAUUCUUUGUUUAUAAUGAAGCAACCACGGUUUAUUGAGUCCAGCACUAAGCAAAAUGUGUGUUGGAGCAGAUUUGCUAAGGAAUUUAAUAAGGUGUGAUUACAUUUCUCCUCAAGGACCACACUGUGUUUUCUUCAUUUUAGGAAUAUUUUGGGGGAAAUCAGCAACUUGUCAGUCAUGCCGCAGCUUCUUAGAAACACAAAGUCAGAUAGAAAGAUGGUUUGUGUGGAUGGUUUACAUUAGGAUGUGUGCGUUGUGUUUCUUGGACUCUCCCUCUAACAGGCUUAAGCCAGAGGAAUCAGACAUGCUAGCUGUGGUUGGAAAGUGCAAACCUUGCAAAUGGAGAAAAUUGUUCUUACUACUUGCAGUCGUCUGCUCAGGGCAGCUUUUGCUGACUACACUGAGAUGCAUACCUGCCACAAGAAACAGCAUGUGAAAUAAAUAACCAAGUUAACUUUAAAAUCUUGAGUACCCACCACUUUUAAGUUUAUGGUGGGCUCGAACAACGCCUGCAGAGUUAUUGCUGCUGGUCUGUUUUCCCAAACAGAACUUGGAUUUAAUAGCUACGUUUAAUAAUUGAACCGGAGACCAUUUUCUUCUGCCACAGCAUUUGUAGAUUUAGGAAUGUUCUGCAGAAAAGGUCCAGCCACGUAGUUCAGCUGUGGAUUUUCCACUUGUCUGUAGGUUGUCUUCUGAACAUGCAAGCAGGGCAGAGAACUGGAUUGAGGUUCCAAGGAGGUGGUUUGAGUGCAUUGAGGGCUGUUGGGUCUGAGUUUGGGGAAGAUCCCAGGGCAGGCAAAGGGCUGAGAGAAGGUCCCUUGCCCCCAGAGCUUAGGAGUCAACUCCUAGGGGCCAAGGUCCCUUUGCCACCCCCCAUAAAAUAUUUGAGCCCUCCUACCCAAGUUGAUGGAUUUUGCCAUUCAAAUGGUAUGUGUGCACCACAUCUUGCGAUUGAUUGUGCAGGGCAGGCCUUGCCUGCCCCUCCCCAUAUUUUAUUCAAGUUGGCGCCCCUGCCCCUGAGCAAGGGGUAGGAGCUGGAGUAGGGAGUGGGAGGAGCCAUUCACAGUAGGUUACGAACCACCACUCUGAGUUCUCACAAACUGUAACUUCUCAGUAGCAGUUAGAAUGUUAAAUGAUGUCUUUAUUUGUUGUUUAAUUGAAGGAACUCACAGAAUAUCCUUAAUUAUUUAAUCUUAUUUGGCUUGGCAAGAGGAGAGUGAUGAUAACAAGCAGAUAAUAUUCCACAAGGUGUUCGUAUGUGCAGUGCUAACUCUGCUUUUUACCAGGGGAUAAUUAUUAAUUUUGUGAUUAGAAAGGUUCUGCUUUUAAGCAAUUUUAAGCAGAUGGUUCUAAGAGCCUUCCAUUAGCUUUUCCACAUGGCGGCUUGGAAUAGCUAUUUCAAAAGUGACAGCCAUUGUCAUUUAAGGGUUUUUUCUUUUCUUUCUUAAUAAUCCAGGGUAGUUUCCUACAUCCUUGAAACACAUUUUUUUCAUUGUGGAUCAUCUUUUCAGUGACCAGCUCUGAGAUGAUCCUUUGGGAAAUUUCCAUGAAUAGUGGGGUUGUUUUAAUUAAUUUCCUUUUCCUUAGUCUUUCAUCUGCUUCAACUAGUUUAACUCAAUAAUUUUUUUUUACUUUUACAAGAAGCAGAAGACACCAUUUUCAUCCUUAUUAUUUUGCACGAUAUGACAGGGCAAGUGUUCAUAAGCCUGGUUAUGUGCCACACUCCCCGCCUGAUACAUAUUCAGUAAUUGCAAAAGAGAGGUCUAUAUGCAUUCUGAUGUAUGCUCAUAGAGCUUUUCCAUGUACGUGGGGGAUCCUGGGCCAAUCAGCAUUUGCCCUAGGGACAGCCAUAAUAGUUAAAUUAAAUGGUCUUGAAAGACCUACAUUGGCUCCCAGUACAUUUCCAAGCACAAUUCAGAGUGCUGGUGCUGACCUUUUAAGCCCUAAACAACCUCAGCCCAGUAUACCUGAAGGAGCAUCUCCACCCCCAUCAUCCUCCCUGGACAUUGAGGUCCAGCGCUGAGGGCCUUCAGGAGGUUCCUCACUGUGAAAAGCGAAGUUACAGGGAACCAGGCAGAGGGCCUUUUUGGUAGUGGCGCCUGCCCUGUGGAAGGCCCUCCCAUCGUUUGAAGACAUCUGAAGGCAGCCCUGUUUAGGGAAGUUUUUAAUGACUGAUGUUUUAAUAUAUUUUUAAUUUUUGUUGGAAGCAGCCCAGAGUGGCUGGGGAAACCCAGACAGAUGGAUGGAAUAUAACAUUCAUGUAUAAAGAAGGAGGUGGGAGUGCAAGUCAGGGGAGUGAAUCGCUCACCUCAUACUUUCCCUCCAGUCUGCCAUGCAAGCCUUUUCCUCCCAAUCAAGAUCAGUUCUGGUAUCAGAGAAGAGGUGUUUGGGCUUGACAAACCAUGAGGAGACUGCACAACGGGAGUGGGGAGAGUCCAUGUGCUUUGAUUUCGCUGUAAAUGGAGAAUGGCUUAAUCUUCAUCCAAUGCGUGACUAAAGCAACUAUAACUGCCCUGCCAUGUCUUAAUUUGUCCUUCAUUUCUCCUGAAGACCAGUAGGAAAUAUGUUUCCCCUGUCAUAAUCUAACUGCUUAGCAAUCAAGUAAUUGGCAAAGGAUGCUUAGCAAGUUUCCUUGGCUACCUGAAUUUAUUAUAGAGAAAAAUUUCCAAUGAAGUCAAGUCAUUUGGGUGGUCUGUAUGUACUUAUGUGCUGGCACACCCACACACAUUGUGCUCACAAUUAGCUUGUUUGCUUCUGUUGGGUCUGUGUAUCUUUGCUUGCAUUAUGCUACUGCUGUAUAGAUAGUUGCAGUAAAGGCUCUUUUCUUCCAUUCAUGAUCCAGUAGCAGUUUUAGACCAUCUGAUGGUAAACCAAGAAUUCCAGGGGAAGUCUUGAAUCAUCACAUGCAACACUGAAAGUAAAGUAGACAAUAAUAAUAACCCUGGGAAAGUGCAUGGGUUUUGCUCCAUGUGAGCAUAGAAAGAGCAUUUCCUGAUCAGGUGAAGGGUCCAUUUUUAAUCCAGCAUCCUGUCUGCAACAGUAACAAUUCAGAUGCUUUGGGGUGCAUAUAGGCAGAGCAUGAAGACAGGCUCUUUGAGCCCCUGCAUUCUCCGUGCUCCAGUAACAGUGGCUGAACCUGGAGCAUCUUGCCUCUUAACUUAGUGCUUGAAAACCUUCAACUUGCAAACAUCUGAGACAAGACAGAUUUGGAGUGCUGUGCACACAAAGAAAAAAUAUCUUCAGCUAGACUGGAUAGGUUUUAGUUGGGUGGGUUCAUAACGCAAGAGGCAAAUGGCUUGUUAGAAUUGCUUUUAAAGCUUGUGUCUGUUUAUACAAUAGGCAGCAUUCUGUACACACUGUAAAAGAGCAAAGUCCUUUCCUGGGAAAUGUCCCAGGGCUUACUUUUUGAACUUAGUAUCCCCUAUACAUUAACAAUGAGGAACGUUUUCCCCUUUGGCAGAUGCAGAUGCCCUUCAGAAGCCGUACAAAAAAAGAUUGGCUGCCUUGUUGUCCUCUUUUAAGUGGAGUUGUUCAGCUCUGUGUGUCCUGAUGAUAGACUCCAGUUUGUAAUGCUGAAAUAAGUAGAUCUUAUUAAUACUUCUCAUUAAUUAGUACUUAUUAUUAGUACUUCUCAUUAACAAUGUAAUAAUCAUUAAUACUUCUUUGUGUAUUCCCUUUUCUUAAUAUGGCUUCUACAGAACGUCAGUACUGGGGUUCUGAUCUGCAGCUGCCAACUCUGGCCUUUGAAGAGGUCUUGCACAGUGAUGAAAGUGCAUACAAGUGGCUGGUCACCCUUAAAAGGACAGGGAUCGUGCUCUUAACGGGAGCUGCCAGCAGACAGGGAGAGCUGCUUAAACUUGGGCAACGUAUUGGAUUCCUUCGCCUCACAUUUUAUGGGUAAGUUAAAGCUUUUACAUAUGCUUGCUCUUGUCAAAUUUAUGACCCAUAUUGCUGCUUGACAUCACUCCAGGGGGUGGGAGUAGAGAGAUAUUAAUUUAUUCUUUUACUAUCAAUUCAGCAUUUUCUUUGCAUUAGUGAUAGUUAUGCAGCCAGAUAAAUUUCUGUGGUGCAAAAGCUUUCCAGCCAGUUGUUUCAAGUAUACAACACACUGGCACAGAAUGAGUUUACAUUAAUUUUUCUCCAUAGUGAUAGAAUCAGUGGUACCAGAUUCUAGCAAGAUACUUUACAGAGAUGAUGGAAAUGCAAGGUUUUGCAUCCUAGUUUCUGUUGUGUACUGUUUUCCCCCAUUCUGUCAUCUAAUCACAAAACGUUCAACCCGGUUAGAAUGAUAAAAUUACACAAAUUUAUAGCAGUUCCAGAAAUUCAGGGAAAUUUAUGCAGCAAACCAAUGAAAUCCUUAUUUAAGAGAAGGCCGUUUAGGCUGUAAGGUUACCAAAUUUUUUUUCAAUGAAUCCGGGGACACUUUUCAACUUCAGUAGGAAUGAUAGGAUUUUGUCAGGGGACUGAUUUGUAAAUUCAGGGACUGUCCCCGGGAAACAGGGAUGUCUGGUAACCUUAGUUUAGGGGCCCAUUUAAAGGCCUGCAAAGAUAAGGCAUUACAAAUUUCAGCUGAAAUAUAGUCUCACAGUCCUGGGGACACCACUGAGAAAGGUCCUGUCCCUUUUGCCUACCAACCUGAUUACACUUACCCAAAUGGGGACAUACAAGCAGGGCCUUGAAGAUUGAAGGUAAAUGUGUCCUUCAGGUAACCUGGUCCCAAACUGUUUAGGGCUUUAAAGUUCAGCACAGUGCUUUAAAUGGGGCCUGGUCCUGAACUGAACCAGCAACUAGUGCAAUUAGUUGGCAGGAAGAUUCAUGGACAAUCAAAGAAACAUUUAAACAUUUCAGUGUGGUAUAGUAUAGUAUAGUAUAGUAUAGUAUAGUAUAGUAUAGUAUAGUAUAGUAUAGUAAUGUUUUUUAUGUGUAUAUACAACCAGAAAGUAUCCAUGCCUCUCUUCAAUAGCAUUGGCUAUUCUUCUAUAGUUCUCCAUGUUGUAUUGUUAUGAUCAGGGAUUUUCAAUUUUGACAAAUAUGAAAGAUCAGAAAAGAGAAAGGCUUCUUUUUAUUGGUGAGGAGAUGAAAUUUUGUCUCAAAUUAGACCUAAUAUAAAUGAGAUUACCUGGCAAAAGCAAGCUCACACCUCUCAUUGAGUUUGUAUACAUACUUAAGGUACACAUGUAAGAGACACAUGUAUAAUUAUAGUUUGCAGAUAAUUCAUGUAGCUGAAUUUAUACUUUCGGGAUGUCCCAUGAUCAUAUUCUAACAUAGCUGUGUUCUAUGAUAUAAAUCAAGCACUGCUAGAAGUUACUUAUUUUUGUUUUCCAAUCUAUAUCUUAUCAAGAAAUUCGGUGGUCGUGAGCAAAUUUUUAUUCUGAAAAUGGCCCGGAGAGAAAAGUUUGUGAAACACUGUCCUAAGCUGAAAGCUCUCUGUCACACUAGAAAGUGAUUGACAUGAAAAUGUUAUCAUUUAGACAUUCAUAAUUCAGACUUGUGGAUCCCUAACAGUCUCAACCAUUUGGCCUUCUGACCCUAGGCCAGGAAUGGGGAACAUUUGGCCCUCCAAAUGUUGCUGAACUGCAGUUCCCAUCUGCCACAGUUACCAUGGCCAAUGGCCCAGGAGGAUGGGAGUUGUAGUUCAGUAAUAUCUGGAAGGCGAUAGGUUCUCUGCAGCUGCCCUAGCCUAUUCAGUUGCCAUGGUCUACUUUUUGCCAAUCUACAGGCCCUUGUAAGAUAGAUAAGAAAGGCGUCAAACCAUCCUCCCUGAGGAAAGCAUUCUACAAACGAGGAGCCACUGCCGCAAAGCCCCAUUCUCAGGUUGCCACCCUCCAGCCCUUUUGUGGAGUAGGUACAUGAAGAAGGACCUCAGAUGAUGAUCGCAGAGUUAUGCUUGCAUUAAAAGUUGCACAAAUCCUAAGGCAAAUCCUGUUGCAACACAAUCGCUUGUACAACCAUCAUUAAUAUCUACAGUUCUGAUGACUGAUUCUCUCUGAUGACUUGUAAAUGGGGUGGGGGGAAGCAGAGGAGAAAAGGCAUGCCACAUUUGAAUGUUACCAUCUGUAAUUUUGCCAUUUCUGUUAGUUAAAGAUUUUACUAUUUUAGACACAAAAUCCAGAACAUCGGGGAGAGGGAGCCAAAGAAUACCUUUCAUGUUUUUCGCCUCUUGGAUAAUAACAAUUCCAGCUAAACAUCUCUCUUAUUUUUAGCAUCUCCUUUUGAGAGUUAACAGUGUGAUAAACAACAAAUGUCUCUCCCUUCUAUGGAUGAAGCUAUUUAAAAUAAACAGAAGAAAGAAAAAUACUCCUAAGGCUUGGCUAGAAGAGUCACAUUCCUUCCAGAAGCAGCAAUGAUUUGCUUCCCCCGAUAAUAUUUUUGUACAAGGCCACAUGAAUACUGUAUUGGUGUAUGCAGGGUUGGCUAAGCAUAGUAUGGUGUGGAUGGAGGAAAUAGGGCCAUCCAACUCUGAUGCUGAGAAUAGUGGAGGAGAUCCUUCUCUCUCAUUAGUCCAUCGCUUGCUAAUGAAGAGAGAGGAAGUAAAUGUUUCAGCCAAGUACUAAGAGAAUGACUGAAGGAAAACAAAACCUUCAUCUUGCUAGGCUGAAAUUAUCUGGUCACUGACAACAACAAAUAAAAUUUGGGAUGUUGCCAUUUCCAGAAUGUAUGAAAAAAGAACAGAUAAUUAGUCCCAGUGGCCCACUAAACAAACAUUGACAAUGGAUAUGCACUCUUCUAUGGCACAUCCCUCCCUGGAAGAGACCCUGAUGCUGGGAAAGAUGGAGUGCACAAGGAGAAGGGGACGACAGAGGACGAGAUGGUUGGACAGUGUUCUCGAAGCUACGAACAUUAGUUUGACUAAACUGCGGGAGGCAGUGGAAGACAGAAGUGCCUGGCGUGCUGUGGUCCAUGGGGUCACGAAGAGUCGGACAUGACUAAAUGACUAAACAAAAACAACAAUCCACUGUGCAGUUGCUAAUCUAUAAAUUGCAUAUUUAAUUAGGCUGGCAAAUUUGUAGAAAGGGAAAGUUUAGCACAGCCAAAUUUCAACGUGGAUCAAAUGAACUGUCUUUUUAAAAAAUAAAAAAAGUCAAAGGGGGGGAAUUAAAAAUUAUUUUAAAACAUACCCUCCCGAUCCGUGGAAUUGUAGUUAAAUUUUACAAGCACUUUAGAUACAAGUAAUUGUUAGGCCAGAGAACUUGAGUCCCAGACACAUGAUGAAAUCAGAGGCCUGUGUGUAUAAUAAAAGCUGGUUCUUGGAGAUGACUUUGCCCCUCUGCGCCAAAGAAAAGGGACAGAGAUAGAAGCCAAACUGUGAAAUGUUGCCUUUAUAGCCUAGCAGACCCGUGGACAACUUUUGUACAGUGGCAGUGCUCCUGUUGCAAUUCACCUUUUUUCAGGCCAACACCAGUUGAAGACCUGUGUUUGAUAGCAUGCUUAAGCAAAACCCAAGAUUUGGGUUCCUAAAUUUCAAAAAUCAAAACAAGUUGCUAUACAAUAAAUCAUACUUGCAAGGAAGAUCUGGCUGAUCAUCUUUAGACAAGAAAAAACAGACUCACAGAUACAAAAAUAAACUAUGAUGUAUUCUGGAAGCAUAUAUAAAAGGUAGUAAACAAUGAUACAAAUAGGGCAAUGAACAAAGCAUAUCUGUGGGUCUUUCUGCUAUUUGUAUUUUUUUUAAAAACAUAUGGGACACAUUAUAUAUUGCACUUUGUCAUUGGUCAUCUUGAGAGCCAGUUGAUUCUGUGCAGAAGAGGGUGAAAGUACAAUAAGUGAUGCAUUCAUGUACCUUCUUGUUGGAGCUACUCCUGUAAGAUAGAAAAAUAAUCAUCAGAGAGAGAGAGAGAGAUCAUAUGAUGCCUAACACAACACUACUAGAUGACUUUAAAUGAUCCUGACUUACAGCACCCAAGAUAAGUAGCAUUAGGGUACAGAAAAAGCAACUGCCUUGGAAGAAAAUAUCCCCCAUAUUUACAUCUUGUUGUUUCACCCACCACGAACCAGCAUUAUUCAGCCCUCUAAUAUGGAGUUUUCCUUUCUCCUUGGGUUCUCCAACCUCUUCCUUCAACUCCUGUAUCCUCCAUUACUUCAUUCCUCUUUUCUUCAAGCAUCUUUACUUUGGGUUCCUUGCCUCUUAGUUACAGCUUCCUCUGUUAGUCUUCCAAGUUUGUACUGGGCUGCAUUUGAUUUUGUAUCCCCCAGCAUGGGUGUAAUGUUCCAGUGCAUUAAUAGCACGGGAUGCAAGCAGAUUAAACAAAACAAAAGAAAGCUAUCACCCUCUUUAAAUAGCUUUCCUCAGAAGCAACCAAGUCACAAGGGUUAAAUUUCUUGGGAACCAGUGAAUUGUUUUGGAGCCUUUUUAAUUAAAGAGGCCAAACAUACCGUCAAGCCCAGAUGACAUAAUACAAAUUGAGCAGGGUGGAAAUGUGGUUGAGGUUGUCAUAUUUCAGAAUUGAGCUCACACUCUCUUGAGUACAUAAUGUACCAUACAAUCAUAUGGCAUUCCCCAUGACAUUUAAAUAGUCUUGUGACUACCAUUCACAUUCACAUCUUUCUAGAAUUUCUGCUUGCAGAUUUUAGGUCUGACUCAAAUCCUUGAACACAUAACAACAGAUAAAUAAUAACAGAUAAAUAUUUAGUUGAGGUGUGAUAUAAAAUAAACAUUCUCUCUCAGUUUUCAGUGGGCAAUGUCUUGAAUAUUAGUUCUACACCAAAUAUAUGUUAAAUAUUUCCUUUUAAAUUAUUUUCAUGAGCUACGACAUGGGUUGCAUAUAUUGACAUUGUUUAGGAACAAUGUCUGAUCUAUGUAUUAUGCUUUUGAUAUUGACGGGAUUCCACCACCCAAAGUUUAUUUGAACCAGAGAAUGUGGUUUUCAGUCUUGGUCUCUGCUUCAUAUUUUGGCUGCAUUGCAAUGUGUUGUCGUCUUCUAUGUUCCCUUUUAUUUCAACCAUUUCACCCUGUAUAAUCUGUCCCUGUUGCCAGCAAAGGUGCUCUUUCUUGUUCAUGUUAGUUCAUUAAUCUUGGGAAAUGCAGAGGGAAAUAGGGAGCAUUAGUUGUGCAGCCUGCUCCUAACUUCGAAGGGGAACGAAUGAGAUGUGUAUAUAGCUCAAUAUUUAUGAUUGCCGCAUUUGUUUUAUUUUGAAAGGCAAGUUUUGUAAAGAAGCCCUUUGAUGUCCCAAGCAAUAUCAAAACUUAAAUUUCACUGAAAAAUGCAGGGCAUCUAGACACUCCAAGUGAGCGCUUAUAAUGCUUAGAGCUUUGGUGUUUAGACAAUCAAUUGAUUAGAUUGAUCAAACAGUUUUAACCGCUUAAUGAAAAUGAAUUUAUAAGUACUUCCAGAAACAGCAUAUCGACAAGUGUGAUGUUAAAAAGUAUUCCCUUCUAUGCAAGAGAGACUGAGGAAUGUCUCUUCUAACCAUGACAUUAAAUGCGUAAAUGCAAAUGGGAGCUGCUGGGGAAGUGGUAAUUAUCAAGAUUAUAGCUAGCAGGGAAGAGAGCUUUAACCCUUUCCCCUCUUCUCCUGGUUGUUCUAAAAUAGUCAUCUCAUAAAAAUGAUGACUCAUAUUUUAUGACCCGCCAAUUUUUUUAAGUAGCCAGAUUUACAGGUAGAUUAUUACAUUUUUCUCCAACCACUCUGUUUUUCCUUUCUUGUUCAUUAUAAAGGCCCACAUGGCAAGUUCAAGACAAAGCGGACGCGAACAAUGUGGCUUACACAACUGAGAAGCUGAGUUUUCAUACUGAUUACCCUGUUCUUCAGUUUCCACCUGGGGUAAGAGGAAGCAAUGUUCCUACAUGCAGUGUUGCUGUCUAGUGAGGCAAGGAGAAAACCAUCUUAUCUGAAACCUGUGUUUGUCCAUGUUUUUUAUUUACUUUUCUACCUAACAUUAUCUUGUAAGCUCAGGCAGAAUUUAGUUGUUGAAAAGAUCACUUAGCUAUUGAUCAAGCUGCUGCUCCCUUAUUCUCAGUGACCAAAGUUUAUUUCCAGAUGCUAUUCCAUCCCACCAGUUCGUCAUACAACCUGUCACCCAUUAUGUUAUUCUUUCUGGAUUCAGCUUCAGUUGGGUCUCAACAAUCUACAAGAGGGGCAGACAGCAUGAGGCCCCCAGAUGUUGAGGGACUAAAACUCUUAUCAUCCCUGAGCAUUGGCCAUUUUUGCUGGGCUUAUGAAAACUGUAGUCCACCAGCAUCUGGAGGUCACUAUGUUGGCUACCCAUGAGAACCUCAGAAAACAGAAGUUUAGAUUCUAAAAAAAAAAUAUGAUUCAGCUUUGUAUUAUUGGUGUUUUGAUGCCAUAGUGGGUGGUAGAUUUUACAAACUGCGAGAGAUGGGGAGACAUCUGUAAAUAAAACAAGGACAGUAUUAAUUGCACAAUAGCAACAACUACAAGAUCUUUUCAACAGCUGAAUCUUCAUAUGGUCUAAGCCAGUAGUCCUGUAUCUAUGUUGGAACAGGAUUGAGAAGAAGAUGGAGCUCUGUGACCGUUUUCAGAGACGUUUUCAGAGGAACAAGCACCUACAUCACUGAACACCGCUUUCCUACUAGGAAAAAGUGAGAGAUCUUUAAAGUGGUCUCACGUGACCUUAACCAGGUCCUACAGCCACAUGCCAACUGCAUACAAUCAACAUCCAACAGAGUCUUAUAAUCCCCUGUUGAUUGCCAAUAAGUCUGCAGAAGUGCAAACUGAAAAGUGUGAAUACACCUUCUGGUGGAGCUUAUACUAAUUCCAUUAAGUUCUCUGUGUAGAGACCAGUGUUCCCCAAACUUGGGUCUCCAGCUGUUUUGGUACUACAAUUCCCAUCAUCCCUGAUCACUGGUCAUGCUAGCUAGGGAUGAUUUGAGCUGUAGUCCAAAAACAGCUGGAGACCCAAGUUUGGGAAACACUGGUGUAGACCAAUCUUUCACAACCUGGUGUCCCCCAGGGGAUCUGAUGAGAGUUAAACUCCAAUAUGAAUUUAAGAAAUGCAGAAGAUGUGAUAAGAAUGGUGGAUCAUCAGAAGUGCUGAUGGAAGUCCAAAAAGAUUGUAUAAGAAGUGAAGUUUGGUUGUAUGUAUUCUAAUUAAUAUGUUAAAAUUAAUAAAAAAAAUUAUAUAUAUAAAAAAGAGAGUUAAACUCCAAAACAUCUGGACGGCACCAGGUUGUGGAAGGCUCAUGUAGACAAAGCAACUCUCCUAAAUCAAAGGCUACUCGGCAUUCACCUGUAGCUUUGAGAAAUGUGCAGUGGGGGCAGGACAGCCUUCAAAUUCCCUUGCCCACAAGAAGGCAUCCAUUUGUCAAGAAGCAAAGGCAUUUCAGUGGAGAACAUGGAAAAACAUGUCUGUCCAGUGCUUGAAUAACCUACUGAACUUAUGACAUGGUGACAAAAGCUCUGCCUUUCUGUCUGCAUUAGCACAGGCGGGAGAUUAAUGUGCAGACCACAGAUGCUGUCGGAAACUUUUGCUCAAGGCCCUCAGACGAUUUGUAGCAAUCAUGUUAUUAAUGAAUGGAGCAGGCCAGCAUCAUGUGCUUCUAAAGAGGUGCCAGAUCUUUCACUGCGCUACCUUGAAAAUUCAUUUCAAUGCUGUACAAGCGGGUAUGGCGUGGAAACAGAGGGGUAUCCCUCAUGUGAGAAGCUUAGCUCACUGUCUCAUGUGCCAAGAAUCACACACUGCCAUAUGAUGUUAGCCACAAUCUUUUUUCAAUUCAGAAAUACUUUUAGGAAACAGAAAUGGUGUUUUGUUUUGUCUUUUUUUUUCAUUUUUGGAAGCAAUCUGCCGUCUACACGCUCUCUCAGUCUGCCUAAUUUUACGAUGCUAUCUGAAAUGUUGCCAAAAUGUUUUGCAAAGAGUAGGAAAAAGUGACUCCAAAAAUAUUGUUUUCUCCCACCCCACCUUCACAACAGUCUUUUUCGGAUGGUGGGCCGAGACUCACCAGUGAACCUUGGGCUGCUGCAAGGUGGGCCUCAGUGCCACAUCCUGCCCAGUGCCUCCUCACUUGCUUGCCUUGUUCUGCUGUACUUUGGCUUUUUGGCUGAGCCAAUGCCAGCACCAGGAACUCCUUGCAUACUGAGUAAAGCUAGUUGGGAAGGAGGGGAGGAAGGGAGGUCUCCCUCCUCUGAGGAGAAAGAAAGGGCCUGAGAAAGUGCUGAAGGAAAUUAGAAAGUGACGUAAUGUAAUAGAUAUUGACCAUUCAUUGGUAUUAGUAAAAUAAUUAUGUUAUAAAUCAAUAAACUGGGUAUCAAAAGGAAAGAGGUAAGAAAGGAAAGCAGUUAUAGGGGGAAGAAGUGAAUGUAAAAGGAAUAGGGAGGAGGGAUGAAAGAAACUGGCAGCUGGAGGAGGAAUAAAGUACAGGCUGAGUGUGAAGUCAGAACUGGAGAAGAAUUUACAGAAGGUGAUUACAGUGGGGUGGGCUCAGAAGGAGGAAAAUAUAUUUUUUAAAACCUUCUUGACUUAGAGUCUCUGGAUCAGCAAGUUCUGCCCAAAAGGCUGAGUCACAAUAUCUCGAGAGCUAAGGUCAGUUCUUGAGGAAAGCACACCCAUGGAACUCCUUGCCACAAGGAAAGCAGUAGUGAGCAUGGCCACUAGGAACAAUGGGAAACGUAGCUCUACUUUUCCCAUGUCGCUGGAUGCUGCUGUGCAUUCUCACAGUAGUACCUAAAUGGAACUCCAUUUUCCAUGGCUUAACCAAACAGAGGCUCUGUUACCUCUGGACCCCUUCCUCCUAUACCAUGCCCCACUUUAGUAAAUAAUGGGGACUCCAGGAAAGCUCCAAAUUUGGACAGGUCUGGGUUCUAUCCCUGCUGGUUUGAAAGGAUUGAAGGCAUGAUAGCUGACACACAGUCAUUAGUCAGUCCUACUCCUUACUGCUACUGCCACAGUCAUGGGCAGACAGCACUGAUUUCCUUCCACAGUCUUGCAGAUAAAGGUGAUUAGUAGUCUUACCUGUAGGAACAUCAAGUAAGCAGAAAUCAGUGCUUAGGCAGUUUUAUAUUCACUUAACCCGAUGUUUUACAGUAUGAUUAAACUUAAGAGUCUUUAAUAAAGCUCCCCAUAAUUUUUGCACCAUAAACAUACUCAGUGUCUUAGUUUUAAUUAGAGUAAUUGCAACUACCUGAAUACAAUUGCCCCCACAUUUUUCAGGAGCAAUUGCAAAAAUCGAAUCAAGCAGCUGUAUAAUGGCUAUUGAUCAGCAGGCCCUUAUUAGCCAGCUUUGUUUUUGUUUUUGUGUUUGCACUGAAAUGGCAUCUCUCCUGCCAGGAAAGAGAGAUAAAGUGAUGGCAUAUACUUAUCUGUGCAUAUGAUGGAUGAUCUAGGCCUGAUCCAGAUUUCAUUUUAAGUAUUAUAACCAUUUGCCCCUGGAGCAAUACUGGUAGAAAACAGGAGUAAAGCUGUACUGAGUCAGAACCUUUUUCAAUUUAAAAAAAAUCAAGUCCAGCCCAUCCUGAAGGCCUAGGUUGUGUUUGCAAUAGGUAAAAGCAAAGCUAAUUCAGAGUUGAAAUGAUUUUUUAAAAUAAAAAUGUAGUCCACAACAAUAAACUGAUGACUAUGAAAGGGGACAUUUCUAGAUCGGUGCCUGUUAUAACGUGGCAUUAAUUUGUUACAGAUUCAGUUACUCCAUUGUAUAAAACAGACUUCUACUGGGGGAGAAAGUGAAGUUGUGGAUGGAUUUCAUGUAGCAAACAAGCUUAAGGAGCAAAACCCUCAAGCCUUCCAAAUCCUGACCUCCACCUACGUGGACUUCACAGAUAUUGGAGUUGAUUACUGCGAUUUCUCCAUGCAGUCCAAACAAAAAAUUAUAGAGUAAGUAACAAAGAAGCAUCUGAUUAUACCGUACCAAUAUCAUCCUGUACUGAUGGCACUGCCUAGCUGUUUAAUCUUGAAUUACAGGCAACAGUUAUCAUUUUGAACCAUUUCAGUAACAAAAAGUGAGCUUGCCAUCUUGUGGACAAGAAAAAAACAACAGCUUUUUCAAAGAAAAGUCUGUACUAUUAGAUGUAUUAAGUUGUAAUACACUUUGGUGGGGAGAGUUGCGGGGGGGGGGGAGAGAAAUUUAUCUUUAUAUCUUUAAUUCUGCUUUUUGUUACCAUAACCCUUAGUAAAGCACUGCAUGGUAGUGAAGAACUGCUGCUAUGGGAGCCUUAUAAGAUGAAACAAUUUCAAAUAACAUACAAAUUAUGUUUUCUUACACCAAACCUGUUGAAAUAGUUUCAGGACAGCACAUUUUUCUCCCUAUGUAUAUAUCUCAACAGUGUGGAUGAGAAAGGUGAAGUGGUUCGUAUCAACUUCAACAAUGCAACCAGAGACACAGUAUUUGAUAUACCUGCUGAGAAAGUAAAACCAUUUUAUGCUGCUCUCAAGGACUAUGUUGAUUUAUUAAACAGCAAGGAUAAUAAAUGCAUCUACAAAAUGAAACCAGGUAAGUAAAGUAACUGCAUAAUGAGCCAAAAUGCUUUCAGUAGCAAGAAUAGCAAUUUUCUUAUGCAGGAGUGAAGAAUCUGCCACUUGUGGUUUCUCUCAGCUUCCCAUUUUUUUUUAAAGUCUUAAAUACAUUUCAUUGCAUUUCCUCAAUAGGUUGCAAUUAAAAAAAAAAAUUCACCAGCAUUUUAGUGCAUAUUUCUCCUAAUAUACACAUUGCAUGCAAUUUUGACUUACGUACAUUUUUUGCAAGGAAUUUCUCUUGCAUUUUUAUGUCAUUUUCCGCAAUAUAUACAAUUUUGUACACAUUCUCUUGAUGAGAGAAUUGAAUACCAAAAAUAGGUUAGGCGUGAAUUUUGAAAGAGAGAUUUUUUUUCCAAUUUGCAUUUUUUUUCAUGAAAUGGGAAAAUUCACCUUAAAAAUGUAAACUGCACUGAAUUUCUCCAACAUUCCUACUCUUGGGUCUGCUCAAAACUUUAUUGUCAUUCCUCUCUAGCUAUGUAGCGAUGUGUGUGUGUGUGUGUGUGUGUGUUCCCCUUUCUUUUCCUUCUUUGGAUGUUAUUUGGCUAGUGCAAUAAAAACCAAUAAAUUUGUAUUAUUUAUAUAUGCAUUGCCACAUCCAUUAAAAAAAAUGCCUUGAUGGGGCUUCACUAACACAAAACAUUGUCAGCUAUGAGCAGGAUUGACCCACUCAUAAGGUAACCACUUCAGGUGGCAGAAUCCACAGGGGCAGCAGACCCCAAUGUAGAUAUAUAUCCUCCUCCCCACCCCCCGGUUCCUGAUGUAGAUCUUCCCUCACCCUUGUUUCCCUGGUAGAGAGGGAGGCACCAUUUUGUGGUUCACCUCAGGUGCCAAAAUGUCUUGGGCCGGGCUUCUCCUGGUCUCUCACUUCUCCUGUUUCAAAAACUCUAUACAUGUUUACUACUAAUUGUAUUCUAAAACGCACCCUUCGUCAUAUUUAUAGGUGAAAUAGUAGUGUUUGACAACUGGCGUUUACUUCACGGUCGGCAGAGUUACGAAGCAGGAACAGAGAUAUCCCGUCACCUUGAAGGGGCUUAUGCAGACUGGGAUGUGGUGAUGUCAAGGCUCCGAAUUUUGCGAAAGAAUGUUCUGAGCAGAAAGUAGCCCUUGAAAGUUUGACUACUAGGGACUUGCAGCCUGAGCAGGUGUGGGGUAGCCUUCAACGGAUCCACUAGGUUUCCAGUGUUCUCAGGGAAUUCCUGGCUGUCUUAGCUCUUGCUCCCCUGUUAAAACAAGGUUGACGUGAGUGGUUAACAUAACAUCAUGUAAACGGCCUUUCCUGCUGACAACAGCCUGGCCAAACUUCCUAUUUUCCCCAGACAUUUAUGGGCAAGGAAGCAACUAGGAUGACUGGGCAGAAGUGGUGAAGAAUUUGCAACAAGUAUUGGAGCCCAUCUGAAAGUUUAUGCUUUGCCAAUGAUGUUGCCAAAGAACCCAGAAUGGGCAGGGGGCUUUCUGGUAAUGGUGUCUACUUUGUGGAAUACCCUCCCCAUUUAAGUCCACAUGGUUAUAUCACUGCUGGUCUGUAAGCAAAGCUGUUUUGUUUCAGCAGGCUUUUGAAGGGUGCUGUUCACUGCUUUCAUCUGGCUGUAUCUUUUAUACUUUUUAUUGAUUUGGGUGGGUUUUUUAAAAAAUAAACGUUGAUUUUUCUUGUGUUAGCUA